AUGGAAGCUCCCAAUUACGGUCGCACAGGACUCCUGACCUCCCGUCUCGGUGGGCUGCCCGUGACACGCCCCAGGCUGUUGCUGCCGGGGAGCUCGGCCGCGUCCCGCCUGAUCAAGUGGUAUCCUUCCCUCCUUACCAUACCGCAGCAACUACUUGAUGCGCUGCGCCGCGAAGACGACACCGAAGGUGCGGACGGUGAUGUUCCCGCGACGAGGACGUCGUUUUUCUCGGACCCCACACUGAUCACUUAUUUACGCGUAGCCACCGUCGCCGAGUGCCUUGUGCAGUGGUGGCGCCGUUGGGCGGCAGCUGCGUCACCGACAAGGACCACUGAAGCACUUGCCCCCACAGGCCCAUCGCACGAGCAGCUCUCCGCCCUCUACACAGAGAUACUGCAGUGGCAUCGAGAUGAAGUCGUCAGCGGGAAAACGGUACCAUCAUCAGCGCCGGCCCACGGCUCGUCGUCUUCGAGUACCUUCUUCAUCCCCGCCUACAAGCUGCUGGUCAUGAAGGACGACAGAAAGGUGGCGGAGUACGCCAACCUCACCUGGCGCUCGGUGUGGUUGCUGGGGAAGGAUCCUGAUGUGAAUGAUGUGCCGCUGGAGCACCCCUCCUGCUCUGGCCAGCACGCCUCAAUGGAGAUGCGGUUCGUCUUGACGGACGAGGCUGCUUUUAACGCCUACGUAACGGAAAAGGUGAAUACAACGGCACCGGACGCACGGAUGCUGCCGCCGCCGGGAGCGAAUGUGCCUCCGUUUGCACAGAGCAAGCAGGCUCUGCGAUCCUUGUGCACUGACAUGUGGGCGAUGCUGGAGGAGGCCCUGACCUCUGUCGGCGGUGACGCAUCUGUGGUGUGGACAGCCGAGUUACAGCUGAUUGAUUUGGGGUCCACUAACCACACAAAGCUCAAUGGCGAGGUGGUUCCGGCAAUGGAGGCGACGACGGUGAUUGACUCGGAUGUGCUGGAGUUUGGCUGCUCGACGCGCAAGUACGUGGUGAUGCGCGAUGCGUAG